AGGCCAUGGUAUCCAAACAGGUGCAGAAGAGGGCGCCGGUAUACAAGAAAUUGCAAUCCCUUCGUUCCAUCUCCAACUCUCCUGUGCACAGUAGAAGCUCAAUCAUAUUGGAUGCUGUAAAAUAUAUACAAGAACUGAAGCGAAAAGUGGAGAAAAUGAAUCAAGAGAUCGUCGCCACCACAGCUAAAAUCACAACAACCGCCCAAAACCCAUUAUCUGUGCAACUGAAAGUUGAACCUCGAGAGGAGGAUCAAGCAGGUUUUCAGAUAAAGAUGUCCAUUGAAAAGAGUUGCAGUGGGUUGCUUGUUUUCGUAUUGGAAGCUUUUGAAGAGUUAGGUCUUGAUGUUCUUCAAGCUAGGGUUUCAUGCUCCAACAAUUUUCUAUUAGAAGCAGUAGCCACAAUUAACAAUGAUAAACCAAGUGGUAAGGAUCAUUCCAAAGAUGCCGAGGUAGUAAGAGAAGCGAUUUUGCAAGCUAUUCAAAGCUGGAGUGAAGUUUCCCAAUAAGAACAAAGCAAACAACUCCCAUCCUCAUACCUUCAUUGUAUAAUAAAGGAGGAGUUCUCACUUGCUUUCAUUUUUUCAAAAUGUCUACCAUCUUCUGAUCCUUUCUGCCAUAUUUGUUUUCUCUUUCGAUCUAUGCCCUAGCUGGUUAGCAGCCUAGCUAAUGUUAUCUCUGUCAUAACGUUGUAAUUAAACCAGAUGUUAGGUCAUAUAUUUGUUGUUCUUCUUCAAUGGUUACUUGAUUAGAUAGCCAGACGUACGUGUCUCUGUACGUACGUAUUAUGUGGUAGAGAUCCGAUAAAUUUGUAUUGGUAUGAGAAUAAAAUAAAAUAUGAUAACC